UUUCCACUGGCCAGCCUGCAGCCACAGCUCUGACACACACACACACACACACACACACACACACACACACACAGAGUCAGUCAGUCAGUCGGAGGACGGCAGCUCAGGUGUUGGAUGUUAUCUGAUGCGACAUGGAGCUGCUGCUGUCCACUCUGAGGACUGUGGAUCCUGGGACUGUGGAUCAGGAGUAUAGUGUGGUGCGUUCACAGGCCUCCGUGUUAAAGAAAGAUCCAAGUUUUGCCACCGAGGCCGGAGCUCUGAAGGAAAACAUCAAGAAAAACAGAUACAAAGACAUCCUGCCAUAUGACCAGUCUCGGGUGGUGUUGUCUCUCCUGACCUCAGACUCUGACUCAGAUUACAUCAACGCCAGUCUAAUCAUGGGGGCGUCAGCAGACAGGCGCUACAUCGCCUCCCAGGGUCCCCUCAGCUCCACUCUGACUGACUUCUGGAGGAUGAUCUGGCAGUACGACGUCAAGGUGAUAGUCAUGGCCUGCAGAGAAAUAGAGAUGGGAAAGAAAAAGUGUGAGUGUUACUGGGCUCCAGUUCAUCAGUCUGCUGCUUAUGGACCCUUUACUGUCUACCACCAGGGGGAGACAAGUCCCAAUGAAGACGUGGUGAUCAGAGCUCUGACUGUCUCAUACCAGCAGGAGAGCCGUUCAGUGGUUCAGUAUCAGUUCUUGUCGUGGCCGGAUCAUGACGUUCCGUACCAGGCUGCAGGAGUCCUGGACCUGCUGGAGGGAGCCAGGAACAGUCAGGGAACACACACCUCGCCUCUGCUGAUACACUGCAGCGCGGGCUGUGGGAGGACAGGAGUCAUCUGUGCUCUCGAUUACAUCCAUGACCUGCUGGUUACCAAGCAGAUCAACACUUCAGACUUCAGCAUCAAGCAGAUCGUCCUGGAGCUCCGGAGACAGAGACCCUCAUUAGUCCAGACUAAAGAGCAGUAUCAGUUCAUCUUCACGGCGGCCGCCUGCAUGUUUGAGCGAGCCCUGCAGUCAGCUGACGGCCGGCACUACUGUAACCUGUCUCAGCUGCCGAAACCUGCAAAGAAAACCACAAAACCACCUGCUCUCUCCAACAGACUGUCUCAGCAGGUGAACAUGAGUGACACUUACGCUGUGGUCAACAAGCCCAAACACCCCCACCCUCCGUCAGCUGUAGCCACGCCCAGAUCCAGCAGGACGCUGCCGUCCCAUCACUAUGACAACGACCCAGCAGGAGCGUCAGCGGCGGCGGUCUACAGCUCCGUCAGACCUCGAGCCAAACCUCUCAGCCUGCCGCUAUCAGCCACGCCCCUCUACGACACAGCAACGCCAGCCAAUCACAUGCUGGGGGAGAGGUCACCGUCACUAGGCAACAGCAGAGAGUAUCACCUGGUGCCAGCUGAUGGACAUUCUACCGCUGACGAUGAUUAUGAAGAUAUGACUCCUGUCUCAGAAACCAGCGGCUUCUGCUCACCUGGUGGCAUCGGGUUUAACUGUCGUGUUCAGAAGCCCAGAGGACCCCGAGACCCUCCAGCUGAGUGGAGCCGACUGGAGAGAUGAAGUGGUUCCACUGGAGACUUUACUGGUUUACUGUUCCACUGUUGCACUGGAUCAGAGUCAGCAGGAAGUGAUUAUUGUGGACUGGAUGUGAGACUUUUUUCCUGUUUGUAAAACUCAGAUCAGGUUUUUUUUAAAUAUUUAUCUAUGUGCUCUAAUCUUUUAUAAAUGUUUUAAAAACUUUUAUUGAAAGUGUGUGAUGCUUGACAACAUACAUGACAAAGUGCCUGAAAAAAAGUUAACCAUGUGAGUUAUUUAAAUCAUAUUUAACAUUUUAACAGCCAGCAGCUGGAGAACAGACUGAAGGGGAUGUAAAGUCACUAAGAUAACUUGAAGCAGAAAAAUACGGAUUAAUAAAAUGAGAUAUUUAAAAUGUA